AUGCGGCAGAGCAAGAGGAUGGGCAAGAUGAAGGAGGAGCGGGUGAGGAAGCUGGAGGAGCUCGGCUUCCUGUGGCGCUGCGAGCAGACCGGAAAGGUGAUCUGGGAGGAGAUGAUCGAGAAGCUCAAGGCCUUCCAAGCCCGCCACGGCCACUGCAGAGUCCCGGUCGAAUGGCCCGAAGAUCCACAGCUGUCGGCGUGGGUGGUCUACGUGAGGCAGCGCAACCGUGCCAACAACCUGUCGCAGGAGAAGGUCAAGGAGCUCGACGCGAUUCAGUUCGUAUGGACCGACGUCGCCACGGCCGCAGCGGCUUCCAACGGUUCGACGGCUGCCACCACCUCCAACGCACAGCGGAGGAGCGACCCCGGCGAGGCCGACCCUGGCCGCCCCGAACUGUUGUACUGA